AUUACUGGGAAUAAUGGCAAGGAAAUGAGGUUUUGGAGGGGCUUUGUUAUUUUUGGGUUUUUUUACUGUGGCACAUGAAAAGCCACAUGCGGCUUAAAUUAACAGUAAAUGUACUUUAAUGGCAUCGGUACCCAGAGGCUCUAAUUAAGGGUUAAAGCCACAGGAGAAGCACAAUUUGGGGACUUAAUUGCGGCCUUGUUCGUGCGUCAUUGCUUAAGUUUGGAAAGUGUGGGGGGGUGACAUGAGAGAGGAGGGGGGAUCCUUUUAAUAAAAAGGCAUAUUGUCAGAAAAUAUAUGCCCCCCUCCCCAUCUCUUUGGGAAAAAAGUACAAAAUAUAAUUGGCAAGCAGGUGUAGCUUGUGGUAGAGUCCAACCAGAUGGCAUUCCUUGUGCAUCCUCCUCCAUCCGCUCCCUUCCUCCUGGCGCUCCUCUCCUUCUCCCGGCUCAUGGGGGCCGCACCAGCUGCCGUGCUUCCGAUUCCAGGAGGUCUUGCGUGGAAACACAACGAGCACAGUUCAAUGCCUGUUUACCCUCAAAUAGAUCCCACUGUUUUCAGUGGGGCUGCUUCUCAGGGAUCGGCAGACCUAGGAAGGGACGAGCUUCUUGCCUUUCUCUCUGGGCUGGUGGACCGGGCCUCCCGCAGGCAUGGGGUGCCCCUCUCAAAGCAGGAGAAGGUCGUGCGCAGUCCUCGGGAAGAGCGGGUGCCCUUCUUUCGUCACCCGGUGCGGGAAAAAGCCCCCUGCAAGAACUUCUUCUGGAAAACCUUCUCCUCCUGCUAAAACUAAAUCAUUUCCAUCACAUCCGUGGACUCAAAUGGUCAGUGAUGGUUCUCCUUGGGCGUCAGAGUUGUUGCGUGAUUAGAUUUCUCUUAUUUUUUUGUUGUUAUUGAUAGUAAACAGAAUCAAACCUAGAUACUCUAAAGCAGGCAUAGGCAAACUUCAGCCCUUGCAGUGCUGUUAGGAAUUGUGGAAGUUGAAAUCCAAAACACCUGGGGGGCCGAAGUUUGCCCAUGCCUGCUCUAAAGUGACUUAAAGGGCAGAGAAGGGCAUCCACAUUCAGUUUUGAUUAGUGGGACAAUGUAUUACCGUAUAUACUCGAGUAUAAGCCAACCAUUUAUGGAAUGUCUUGCCAGUUGAAACUCGAACUAUCCGAGACCUACUUGCCUUUCGGAAAGCCUGCAAAACCUUGCUCUUUCGACAAGCUUUCAAUGGGUGAAAAACUCGGGGCUAUGUCUGUUUUUAUUGUUGUUUUUAUUGUUAUUUUAAAGCUAAGUGUAUUGUUUUAAUCUAUUUCUGUAAACUGCUCUGGGCCAAACUGGGAGUAGCGGUAUACAAGUCUAAUAAAUAAAUAAAUAAAUAAAUAAAUGUGAAUAUAAACUGAGGCACCUAAUUUUAUCACAAAACUGGUAAAACCUAUUGAUUCAAGUAUAAGACGAGGGUAGGAAAUGCAGCAGCUACUGGCAAAUUUCAAAAAUAAAAAUAAAUAUAGAUAUUAAUAAAAUUUCAUUAUUUGAGGCAUCAAUAGGUUAAAUGUUUUUGAAUGUUUACAUAAAAAUGUAAUUUAUAAUAAUAAGAUUUUAAUAAGGUAAGACUGAUUACUUAUAUGCUUGAGUAUAAGCUGACCCGAGCAUAAGCCAGCCAGGAUCCUCACUCGAGUAUAAGCCGAGGGGAGCUUUUUCAGCCCUAAAAAAGGGCUGAAAAACUAGGCUUAUACUUGAGUAUAUACAGUAAUUCAGACUCUAAAAAGGCUAUUACAAGGAGCCUAGGCUCCAAAUAGGCCCUGUAUAUUUUGGUUGCAUCUUUAAAAUUCAAACUAAAACCCUGGUUGGAUUCAUAGUCCCAAUUUGGCUUGUUUUUCACCGCAUUCCCUAUUCAGCCAUAAUAAUGUUGUGUUCCACCUUUGUCCUUCACUCUUUGCCCGUGUUGAGGUAAUAUUCUGGUACAUCAGCCUUUAACAACGCCGAAAAAUAAAUACGUGACUGUGCAAUACAUAA